GAGAUGCGCCGUGACUUCGUCCCCUUGUGUUCUCGCAUCGCACUCCACCUGCUUGGGCUGCUCAGCAUGGAAGGGCAUCGCUGGGAUCUGCCCUUCCUGGCAUUCCUUGUGGAGGUCCUCGAGUGCCUGGACUUGAGGGACUGUGCUGACAGCAUCCUGGAGAUCAUGUCAAGGCACCUGAGGAACGAGUGCAGGGAGAGGCGUCGCCUGGCGCUCAGAGGCCUCGUGGUGCUCAGCAAGGAUCCCUCAAUGGCCAGGAGAAUGGGCACCGUGUCUCAACGGCUUGUGGAUGUGCUGGGUGAUGCAGAUGGAGAGGUGGUCAGGAUGUCCCUUUCUGUCUUCAUGAAUGUUCUCCAGUACAAGAAUAUCCUGGUAUCCAGCACCACUGCCCCAAAGCUAGCUGAGGCACUCUUACCACUCUUUGACCAUGACAACAGUCACGUGCAGCUGCUCUCCACUCAACUUUUUGAAAAGGUGAUGGAUUUAGUAGUGGAUGAGGGGAAAAAGCCCCUGAAGAGAAUUGUGAGCCAGAGCCUGCUCCCACUCUUCUUGCACUGCCAUGAGGAGAACCAGCGUGUGGCAGAGGCCUCUAUGAAAACGCUGCAUUGUGCGACCGGGUUCCUGAAGAAGAGGGGUCUGAAGCAGCUGGUAAAGAAGGAGAAGCUGCCAAAGUUUGGCAAGUGCCUGGGAUGGCCGGGCGGCACCUGAGGGGGCAGCCAGGAGAACUUCACGUUCUCAGUCAGGCCCUUGAAGCCAUGAGCAAAGAUGACAGCCCAUCCUCCACUAACCUGGAAAUUCAGGCAAUUUUUGGACAAAGAUCUGCAGAACUAAGGUCGUCUGCUGGACUCAGAGAACCAGGGUCCCAAGAACACUAUCAGGAGACUGUGAAGAGAUCACCACCACUCAACGUCACUGGAGCUCCAGGCACAACUGAUGCUGGCCAUAGCUGAGCCUGUGGGAGGCUCCCAUAGCUCCUGCCUUCUCCCUCCCUGUUGAGAGUUCCCUCCCUCCAGCCCUCAGACCCUCCCCACCCCUUUUUUUUGCCCCCAUCUCAUCCCUUCACUUUCCCUUCCAUUAAUAAACAGUUUGGU